AUCUGGGGGAAAGCGGUCGCAUCGAAGCGAGCGCAUCGAAAAUCCGGGAAAAGUCCGGUAAAAUCCGGGAAAUCCGAGGAACAUCCUGGGAAAACAGUGAAGUGUGUGUGUGCACUGUAUUGUUUUUUUUAGAAGAAGAGAAUAUUAUAUUGUGAUGCUGUGAUUGUUAAUUUCUCCGAUCCGCGAAAGGAAAGCUUAACUAAGCUAAAAGUUAAGGCAAAAGUGAAAUAGUUCCGUGUUUCGGAAGUGAGGUGCAUGCUUCUGUUGCAGUGAAAUCAUCCGGCCACAGCACUUCCAGGGUUCAGCGAAUCGCGACGAUCAUCUUCUUCAUUUGAGAGGUAAAAACCACAGGAAGAGGGCUCCCCGAGAGUAGUGGUGUGGUUUCUAUUAGUUUCAAGAGCAGUUCCAGCGACCCAGCCCCCGAAAUCACCCACAUUUUCCACGCCGCCUCCACGAGUGUACACGUCAUCCCCGCGAGGAGGGUGGGGGCCGUUGCAUGCGGCCUACAGCCCUGUAGGAGGUCCUCCGGAAAAGGUCCUUCCCACGGGUGCACGUAAUGUGGGGCAGUUUGUGGUGAGGUGCGGGGUGGGGCUCCUCUGGAGGGGCGCGAGUGUUUUCCGGGUCGCGGAAAAAUACGGCCGCCGUAUCGAACGGGUCGACCGGGUGGAAGGACGCGCGCGACUUCUGUUUUCCGGUUUAGUUUUUCCUCUUCUACGCGGAUCCUGCAGUGCCCCUAGCAAGAAGAAGGUCCUCUUCGCUUUGUGGUCUUCCUGCAGCAUCCGACAGUGCAUUUUCUUCGCUUGUUCUGGUUCUAAGCGUCCCCGUUUUCCGCGCUAGCGCGUGUGUGUGUUUAUGUGUGUAUGUUGUCAUCAUAGCGUGCGUGUGUGUGUGCGUAUGUACGUGUGUCUGAUGGUUCACGUGCGUGAGCCACAAUAAUGUCGAUGUCCAGAAUGUGCAGCAAGUGAAAAAAAGAGAAAAAUAUGUUGCAAGUUCAAUGUUUUUAUGUUCUGGGCGAUGGCCAUGUCCUGUAUGCGUCUCGAGUGUAAGGGCAAUGCCAAGUGGGGCGGAAGUGGGGAUGCGGAAGAAGAGUGCGCAUACUAAGUGGUCUUUCCAUCUUCAUCAUAUUCAUCUUAGCUCAGCUCUUGCGACAUGGGCACCCAGCAGCUCGCCCCCAGGUGAAGCUAGUUUGGCGUGCGCUCAAGGAGGCGCGUUCGUGAAGGAUCACGCGGGUGUUUGAUAUCGCCAGCAUCAAAGGAAGCUUCGCAGCAUCAGCCUGGUGCGUAGCUACCCCAUUACGCGGGAAAUCUCGCGAAAACCGUCAUCACAGCAAACAGGGCGCGGGAUUUGUGUCCCUGCUUCUACUUCUUCUGCUGCAGCGUGUGGCCGGCUGGGGCUUCUGUAGCGUGGUAGAGAGUGCGUCGCGUUGCUGUGCGUAUGAGUGUGUUUGCUCAUCUCGUAAGUGCGUCUCGGAUGAGGAAAAGCAAAGAAAAGAACGAGAAUCAAGAAAGAGGAAAAGGGCGAACCUUAAAGUUCUCAUUCUUGUUCUUCUUCACUCGCUAAGAAAAAAGUGUGCAAUAAGAGUGAAGCCGUGUGUGUCUCUGAGUGUGUUUGUGUGCAUUAGUGUGUAUUCGCUAAUAUCACCGGAAAAGAGGGCAAGAAUAAGAAUCCCAAGCCGGUCAGCAACCAGCCGCAGCUCGCCGGGAAACGGAAGCUGCAGACGAUCCAGAGGAGAUCAACACAUACCAUCAUCCUUCUUGCUGGCUCGAAGAGAAAGGCACACGUACACACCAAUAUACAAACAUACACAACCGUAUUCUUUCAAGCGGCAAAAACCAGCAGGAGAUCAUCGCCGGCAAACGGAACGAAGACGAAGAAAGAGGUAGAAAGAGAGAGAAGAGAAAGAGGAGAGAAGCGUGGUGACAAGAUCACCGCCAAGUUCCUCGCAGCCUCCUACCACAGCUCAAGAAGUACAGCCCUUCCUUCACUCUCUUCUACCCGCUCGUUCCUCUCGGCUUGCCAUCAAAAGAGGGUCCCAAGGUCCGGGUACCGUACCGGUGGUAUACCACGCCCGUAUACUUCAUUCUCUGCCUCCUGUCCACCCGGGCUUUGUCUUGUAGCUGGGAAGUAAGAAAGGGGUCAGCUUCCUUCCCAGCAUUGGAGCAUUUGUUUGAGGUCUCCCCAUAACAAGGAAGCGACGAGCCGGGGUAAUACCAAAAAUUCGGCUCCAUGAAGGACCAGCGGCAGGAAAAUGGUACGCGAGACUCGACAUCUUUGGGUUGGAAACUUGCCCGAAACGGUGCGAGAGGACAAAAUACGGGAACAUUUUAAAAGAUAUGGCAGGGUCCAGAGUGUUAAAGUUAUCACUACUAGCCCGGCGUUCCAUCACACCAUUACCACCAACCCCCAUCCGGUUCCGCCAUCGCCAUCGUCGUUUUCUGCGCGCUCCCUGACACCACCACCGUCCCUUGUCGAUGAGUUUGUAAUCGCAACAUCAUCAUCA